AGGUUGAGCUUGCAUUUAGGCCAUGCUAAGCAAAACCCAGACGCCAAUUCGGUGAUUGAAUAUUCUCUUACUGGUGAUCUCACUGUAUCUGAUAGCGAUAGUGUUUCCUCUGGUAGCACUUCAGGAUUGCAUGAAUUAGGUAGUGGGAUUUCCAAAGGAAAAAAGGGGCUCGUGGCAUUUUUAUUUCUGCAAGGUUUUGUCAAGAAACAAAUAGCAGGUUGAGGCGCUUGCAGGAUCCAGGUUCACUAUUACCAACUAGUCCUAAUUCCAGAAUGAGCAUUUCAUCAAAAACCAGUCAAUCAAAAAGAUUUGGUGUUGAUGGUACAGUGACAUCUCCCAGAACUGUUGCUUCUUCAACUAUUAUGGGAGCCACGAGGCCUGCCUCGCCUACUAAGCUUUGGACACCUACGGCUUCGUCUCCAUCACGAGGGAUUUCUAGUCCUUCAAGGGUGAGACCCAUGAGUAGUUAUCCUGGUAGUACACCUUCAAUUCUUAGUUUCUCAGUUGAUUUAAGGAGAGGGAAGAUGGGGGAGGAUCGAAUUGUUGAUGCACAUAUGUUGAGGCUUCUGUACAACCGUUACUUGCAAUGGCGGUUUGUAAAUGCAAAGGCAGAUGCUUCCUUCAUGUUGCAUAGACUAAAUGCAGAGCAAUUUGGGACAGAAGAGUAUUGCGUUUCAAGAUGCAGUACCUGGGUCGCGGUUUCCAGGGGGUGAGGGAAUCUAGUAAUUAUGGGUAUGAACAAGCUUAAUGAAGUGAAGCUCUACCUCGAAAAUGACAAAUGGCUUAGUUCAUUUGCAGCAGGCCUAUUAAGAGUCACUUGGUUAUGUCUGUACUAGGCACAUUUGGCUUUUUCAUUUGUUAUUCCCUUAGAAAUUCAAAUGAAAGAGUUCAUAAUUUUUUAUAGGGUGAUCUAAGGUUAGCGAGUAUAAUUUAAACAAUAAAGUGCUCCAUUUAUUUUAGUUGGGUCAAAUUAAAGGUCGUCUAAAACUAAGGUAGACUCAAUAUGACAAAUGAAAGUUGCUUUAGCUUGUUUGAGGUUCAAGAAAACGAAAUCUACACGCUUAGGGCAUGUUCAGACUUGUUUCUAAAAGUUGGUUUGGUUUUGAAGAAAAUAAUACUUUGCAGUGGAUAACUUUUUCUCAUAGUUGUUUCUCAGAACAAGUCCCUACGUUUACUUUUAUAUAUUCCAUUAUUUAGACAUGAAAUGUUAUUUUCAGUAUUUUGAAAAGCUAUUCCUGGAAGAGCACAUGGAGAAAAAUGAACUUUUAUCCAAAUAAGAAUGUUUCUUCUGUAAAAUUUGCUCAUUUGAGUUUAUGCAUGCAUACAUAUAUACAUAUACACAUACAUACUUGUAAAUAUAUAUAUGUAUAUAUAUAUAUAUUCCAAGCAAGCUUUUAAGCAUUCAGAGUAGGUGAGGUCAUAUGCACCUGAUUGAUUUUCAACGGCAAUUCUCUCUUUUGUCUAAAUACUCAUCUUUUGGAUUUGUGAUCCAUUACUUGUUCUUGCUUGUGUUUAUGAUAUGAAGACAUUGUUUUUAAUUUGAUAUAUUAUUUGUACUGGUUUCUGCAC